GCUAACAUUUUAUAUUUUAUACAGGGCUAUGUACAGGUAAUUCUCAAUUACUGCUACAAUUUAAUUUUUUGUGUGCAAAAAAAAUUCUGACAAAGAUACUGGCCCAGAUGGAAGAGGUCAUUGCAACCGUUAACUUUAUGAUUUCUAUAUAGCAUUCGUUUGAAAUAUUAUAAAUAAGAUUGAUCCAAUUCACGAUGUCGGUGAAUGGUAUAAACCAAAAUUCCAGUCGUGUACUAAAACAGGGCCAUCUGGAAUUUAAUCCUACUCAUAACAAUACUACUGCUACUAAUAAUAUUAAUAUUAAUAAGAAUAAUAAUAAUGCAAAACUACCCCGAACAAAUAAUAAAAACCAUAUAAUAUCAGAUAAUUCCAAUACUACUACAAUCCCAAACAAACCUACAUUACAUAAACCUCAUUAUAAUUCAAGUAAUGGGGGUCCAAAUCCAUUGAAAAGAAAUACUAAUAGUAGUAUUGACCCCAAGCGUUUAUUUGAGUUGGUAUCAAAAAACUAUGAAACAUGGCAACAAGCAAUGCAUAAACAAUUUCACGAUGAUGGUGAUUUUCUGCCAUUUCCUAGAGAAGAUGAAAAACCUACUUUUCAUAUACCGUCAGUUAAUAUUGAUCCUACUAAACUGAUGAAACAAGGUAAUAAUAAUAAUAAUUUUCAAGAUUCUAAACCCAUAUUUGACUAUAGUUUAUUAGAAGCAUUAGAGAAGGCUUCAGUGGAAUUUUCUGAUAAGAUAAGUCAAUUAGAUGAUGAUGUUGAUCUUUCUAAUCAUAAAAAUGGAAAUAGUUCACUUGGUGCAUCAUUUGAACCUGAAAUUGUAGAUACCAAUCCUAAACCUAAAACUAAUAAUAAAACUAAUAAAAAGAAAGUAUCUAUGAAAAUGCCAUCUAAGGAAAUGCUUUUAAAUGAAGUUGAAAUAGACUUUUUACGAGAUAAAAUUUCACAAAUGUUGAAUGCAGAUCAUGGUAUUCCAACUAAGAAGAAACAAGGAUUUUCAUUAUAUGAUACUGAAGAUGAAGAAGGUUUACAUGAUGGGAAUAGUAAUGACUUUUAUGAAGAUGAUUAUGAUGAAUCAUAUGAUUUAAAUGAACUUGAUGAUGAAGAUAAUUCAUAUCAAUAUUCUUAUCCACCAACCCAUCAUAUUGAAGUUGAAUUAAAUACUGGACCAGAAUGUGAUGUUCAUGGUCUUGAUGGAUGUGAUUGUCCAAUCUAUGAAUACGAUAGAGAUGGGGAAGAAUAUGAUGAUGAUGAAGAUGGACCAUCAUGUGAAUUUACUUUUGAAUACGAUCAUACUGGUAAAUUAGUACCGACAUAUAAUAAUGUUGAAGAGAAAUUACGAUUAAUGAAUUUACAAUCCAGAUUAUCUAAUGCAGCCGCAGUUGCUUCUGGAGUUAAUAAUGGUAAUGGAAAGAAUUUGAGAUUACCUUCAAUUAAUGAUUUAGGAAUUACUGGAACUCAAAGAUCUAAGCCAGAUAAUGAUAUAGAAGAAAAUAAAUCUGGAAAAUCAAAAUCAAAAUCAAAAUCUAAGAAGAAGAAGAAAUCAAAAAAGAAGAGAAAUGUUGGAACUGAAGAUUUUGAUCAUAGAAUUUCUGAUUUUAUUAAAGGGGGUAAUAAAUGUUGCGUACUUUGUGAGUAUGAAGCUAUUUUCGGUAGUAAACCUAAACAAUUGAUUAAAUCUUAUAAUCAGAGAAUAAUACAAGAGGAAAAGAGACGAGAAGAUUUACGAAGGAAAUUAGAAAAUGUUAAACUGAGUGCACAAAAGAGACAACGAGAAUUGCGAGAAAAGCAGCUCAAGAAGCAACAACAAUUACAACAACAACAGUCUAAUAUUGAAAAAGUUAAACAAGAUCAAGUGCCAGUUAAUGAAUCAGUUGCGGAAAAAAAGUAAAUUGUACGUAAAGAAUAAAUAAUUCUGAAGGGGUUUUAAUGGAAAGUAAAAGGUUCCUUGUACAUAUAACAUAAAUAUUAUUUUCUUUCCUGGUAUGAAUAAUGACACCUAGGUACUAAAAUGAGAAAAACAUGAC